AUGGACGCGCUCCUUGGCGAUACGCAUGUGUGGGCGACGAUCCUCGGCUACGUCCAGCGCCAAGACGUUGCCAUGAUGGCCUGCGUGAACAAGACGUGGUCCAAGGCCGUGGCGCGGCCGCAAGUGUGGGAAGUGCUGGCGCAGGCGCCGCGCGGCCCGUUCCUCGCGUCCUGCUUUCGCCGCGCCUCGUCGUACGCGUACCGCGAGACCGAUGUUCCGGCGCCGAAUGUGAAUCGCCGCGGCGCGCCGCCCACGAUCCGCGGCUGUCUCCUCAGCGACCGCUCAACACUCAAAGACUACAUCAACGAGCUCCGCGCCAUGUACUAUGAGCAGCAGAACCUCGCCAAGACGCCUGUCUACCUCGCCGUGCCUGACGCGCUCUACGACGACGCGGCUAGUGUGAGGACCGACCGCCCGUUCACACACGACGAGUGGCGCCGCGCGGCCUUCCAGUCGGUGCUCACGGGUGCGAUCCUCCACGACACGGCUUUCUUCUACCUCUGGCACCUCAAGGAGGCUCGGAUUGUCGCUACCAUCUACCAUGCGCUUGCCACCUGCUUUGACACGUGCGCCAAGAUGCUCGUCAUUGGCGCCUCGGACGGCACGGUCAAGACAUGGGACCUCGCGGCCGCGGUGGCAACCAAGACGACGAGUGCACCCGUGCGCGGGUUGGUCCCGACAUCGAGCCUCGCACCGCGCUCGCACAUUGGGCUUGCGCCGUUUCUGCCGACGCGCGCCAACCAGCGCCACAAGCCCGUCAAAGUCCAGGUCGAUGUGAGCGAAGGCUCGUUUGUGUUUGUGGCCGCCACGUACGAAAAGGGCGACGUGGCUGUCUGGAAUGCGACCAAAGCCGAGCUCACGACGUCGCUCUCAGUCGAGAGGUAG